AUGGCUGCACCGGUGGUGGUCAAACUCGUGGAUGAUGUAGACGUUGUAGAGGGUCUUGAUGCACCGGUGGAGGUGAUGGUCGCACUUGUAGGUGACGUUGAGGGUCUUGAUGCACCGGUGGCGACAACACUUGUGGAUGGCUCCUCAAGGAGGAAGGUUGAUUUCGCAUCCAUUGAUGAAAGCGCGCCCUCCGAUGAAGUAAGCCGCUUUCCCCUCUUUUCGGGCUUUUUCCACAGCUGGCCACAGUUUCUCCUUUGUCUGUCUGCUUUGAAGAGGUCUUCAGCAAACCGCAGGCUUUCAGCAUACCUUGACAUCCAUCGCUGCCUGGAGUACUUGGGAUACCUGGGCUACACCAUCCUUACUCAGCAGAACACCCAAACCACUGCAGUCACAGUGACUCGGGAGAAGGCCGGGGACCUGGAGAAGGGCCAGACUCAGCGGUCAGUGUUCCUAUGUAAGGUGAUUGGACCGCGGGGUACUGGGAAGUCUGCCUUCCUUCAGGUCUUCCUUGGCCAAAACACAGCGCGAGAGGAGCAUUCCACCGGUGCCUUUUCCUUCUACACCAUAAACACUGUCCAAGUUAGCAACCAGGAGAAGUUCCUCAUUCUCUACGAGGUGGACGUGGAAACGGAGUUCCUAAAGGCGUCGGACGCUGUGUGCGACGUAGCAUGUCUCAUGUAUGACACAAACGACCCCCACUCCUUCGACUACUGUGCCAGUAUAUACAAGCAGCACUACAUGAACAGCAGUAUUCCCUGUGUGGUGGUGGCCUCCAAGGCAGACCUCCACGAGGUGAGACAGCUCCACGGGAUGACCCCAGCAGAGUUCUGCUACAAACACCGGCUGCUUCCGCCACUCCCCUUUUCCGGCCUGUCCCUGGACUCCACCAGCAAGAACAUCUACACCAAGCUGGCCUGGGCCGCCAUGUUCCCACACCUGAACGACUCCGACAUGAGCCACACCUCCUUCUGGCUGAGAGUGACGCUAGGAGCAGCAGUAGUCACAGUCCUAGGCUUUGCCAUCUACAGAGCUUUCACCUGACAGAAAUAACUGGGUUCCUGACUGUAGCCCCACCCCCCUCUUUUUCUCUCAACCCCAAUCUCCAGACCAACCGUCUAAAUAAACYAGCCAUCAAGACAAACUAGCCAUCUAGACCUGACAGACAAAACUCAUCCAUUUUACUACAUCGUUAUUCAUACACCAAACUCCCCCGUCCCUCUCCUCAUCUUUAUUCUGCUAUUCCCGGCUACUCCGGAUAGUCAGGUCUUCUUCACUGACUAGUUAUAUUAGUCAAAAUAGAGGCUUGUGACCAUUUCUUUCACACUCUUCUGACCUCCUACCUUGCUUGCUCUGCCUUAUAUGGGUGCUUUAUCAAAUAAGGAUAUGCAAAUACAAGGAAGGUAGAACAUUUCAAACCCAAGACAUUUCCACAUGCAUCCACAAGGUGUUCAGGAGGAAAAUGCAUAGAUAUAUUUUAUUUUUAAUAUGCAGUAUUUCCUAAGGAAAAUAAAAUAAAUCCAAAAUGAGAUAGGAAUUUGGAAAAACAUAUCAAACAGAAAGACUGGUGUUGUUUAGAAACCAAAGAGCAACAUGGCGAAUUCAUACAGUUCGAAUCACGAACCGGGGGGGAGUGAAGACAGAGGGUCCGAAUGCAUCUGUCAAGCAACCCCAAGACCUUAAAGCACCAGCUAUGUAGGAACCUGCUGCAAGGACGUAACCGAGCAACAGACACUCUAGCUCAAUGCUGGGAAGUUGCUGGAAGUCCCAAAAGGAGCCCCGCGGAACUUGUCUUCCCACUGAACAAGCCACUGAGAUAGACUUUCAGACCUGAUUUGCCAAAUUCAAAAGCCUCCAUGUUACAGACAGUAACGGUAAAAUACCAGCUAUCACUCCUUUAGAUUCUGCUCUACUAGGGUUGUGGGUGAAACGAACUAGAUCAAUUUAUUAAUGUACAGGUUGUUGUUUUUUUAAGAGGUUUGUUCUCUGAUAGCACCAGUGGUGGCUUGCCAGAUAAGAAUUGUGGAGGAAGCAAUGUCUUGUUGUGCAUGAAGAGAAGUGAUUAUAUUGUAUCAGAUUGAUGAAAAAGACACACUGAAGUCUGUAAUGCAUCCUCCUUACUCAAGGAAAUCAGUAGUGUUAAAACAUCCAAAUAAUUUUUYUGUCAUUCUUAUUUCAUGAUAUUAAAACUAAAUCCUGCCCCKUGCAAAUUAACACUCCAAAUUAUCAUUCAAAGGAAAAUAUCUGCCUCGUCUUAUCUUUCACGUGCAUUCACCACAAAUUGGAACUUAGGCCCCAAAUUGUAUUUCCGCUAAAUCAGCCAUGAAUUGAGUGUGUGUGUGGUGUAUGUGUGUGUGUGUGCACAUGUUCAUUUGCGUGUGUGCAUAAAUGGAUAUGUGUGUCAAGAUUUUGAUUGUAUGACUUAAUUUGCCAUUGUUUUUAUCAACAAAAAAAAUAAAGA